AUGAAUGCCUUUCCUGUGAAUAGCUCGGCGCAAUCGUCUUCCUUCACACCCGGCCAACCCACUUCCGCCCCGAAAAAGGGUAGGAAACGGCAAUCUGGCACGGCAUGGACUCGCUCGGGAUGCAUCACCUGCAAAAAGAGGCGCAAGGCCUGUGAUAAAACCAAACCAAGUUGCAAUAAUUGUCUCAAGCAAGGCCGGGCAUGCGAGGGCUACGGCUCUAUAUGGGUGGAGCCACUAAGUCCAUCGGCGCAGGUAUUCUCACAGACGGAAACUUCAAAACGCCGACGGCUCAGUGCGUCCUCGCCAUCUCAGUUCCCUUCGCCUGCACCGUCCCCAUCAUCGGACGCAUGGCUUGAGACUCGUUUAUCCCCUGGGCCGGGGACUUCCUUGAGCUGGUCCGUUCCAUUUUCUCCUGGAGGAUAUGUCUCGUAUGAGGAAGCUACCAGUUCGAUUGAAGAUGCGGAAGAAUACAGUCCUAGCCCGACUAUAGAUUUGCAUAACUCUGUCGCAGUGAUCCCACAGCUUCAAGGAUAUAUCAGUCAUCUCACAACACAUGAGACUCACUUCCUCCAAUAUCACAUGGAGCAGGGAUCUCGACUGAUAGCAAAUCUAGAAAGCCAUGAUAAUCCCCUUCGAUCGUUGUUGAUCCCCAGGGCAAUGUCAUCACCUCUGCUGAUGAAGGCUGUAUGUGCCAUCUCUGCUCUUCAUCUAGCAAAUCGCUCCCAAGGGCUUGGAGCACAUACAGCUGCACUCAAAUAUUAUAGUGGAACGCUCAAUGGACUCCGCACAGCACUAGACAAGUGUUCAGUGGAGAUGUUCCCUGACGAUGCCAUGCUAGCAGUCGGUCUAUUGUGCAAAUAUGAGAUCGUGCGUGGUAGCGUUAAGCAGUGGGUUGUUCAUCUCAAUGCAUUGCAACGUCUGAUCGUUUCACGCGGUGGAUUCGCUUCAAUGGAUCGAGAUGCAGCCGAGUUCCUUCGUGGACUAUUCGUGUAUGCCUAUAACAUGGGCCGAAUCAGCAACCGCAAUUGUAUCACUGCUACGGAUAUUCUUGUCGACAGUGAUAUCGGCAUCCCAAAAUUGGAUAUCUAUAUUGGAUAUACAGAGGAACUCCUCAAUUUAUGUGCCCGUAUCGCAGAGCUGCCUUCUCUCCAAGCUGAUACGUUGGCUCUUCGACUCAGUGUUGCAUCCAUAAACGAAUCCCUCCUCGCCUGGUCUCACACUUCAAUUCCCUACACAAUCCCCCAAGGAACACCAACAGCAACCCUAACUCGGCUUCAACUCGUAGCUGAAUGCUUCCGUGACGCAGGAUUUGUCUAUCUCCACUCGAUCAUGGAGCGCAUUAAUACCCCUCCCGCUGCCAGCCCUGGUGCCAUUGUAAACGCCCAGCUAGAGGAGGUCCCAUCUCUUUCAGCGCAAGACUGGCUUCCUCUCAUCUCCACACCGAAAAAUGUCGCUGUCUACCGCUGUCUUGGCCGCAUUGAAACCUUCCCGCUGGGCAAACCAGAGAGCGUCUCGCCCAAACUCGACGAAAAAACCCCCCAUGUCAAGUCUACAUCAGGCGAUGGAGCAUUGCAGUUACUGGAAGGCGGUUCGCCGAGCGUUCUCGAUCCCGCAGCAUCUGCACGACUGUUGCGUAAGAUUGAUAUGUAUAUCAUGCCACUGAUCUGCAUCGUGUACUUCCUGCAGUAUCUGGACAAAAUUGCCAUCAGUUAUGCCAGUGUCACGGGGAUGCGCGAGUCAACGAACCUCAAGGGCAACCAAUUCAACUGGGUGUCGAGUAUCUUCUUUUUCGGUCAGCUGGCGUUCGCCUUCCCUACAAUGCGCGUGAUGCAAUCAUUCCCCCUGGCAAAAUACGUCGCCGUCAACGUGACCAUCUGGGGCACCAUCCUGGCCUGUAUGGCCGCAUGCAAGUCAUUCGCCUCCCUGAUGGUCUGUCGCACGCUUCUGGGCGCCGCAGAAGCCGCCAUCAUACCUGCCUGGGUAGUCUUCACCUCGCAGUGGUACCGGAAGGAGGAACAGGCCUUCCGCGUUGGCCUGUGGUUCUCCAUGUGUGGGUUUGCGCAGAUGUUCGGCGGCUACGUCGCAUACGGCGUAGCAACGCACAUCGGUGGGGAUCCAAGCGCGUCUCUGCGAGGUUGGCAGGUCAUUUUCCUGAUCUUGGGCCUGCUGACCGUAGCGACCGGCAUCUCCUUCUUCUUCCUCCUGCCCGAUUCCCCUUUAACGGCCGGCUUUUUGUCCCCGGAAGAAAAGGCAAUGCACGCGGAGCGUCUUCGGGGUAACGGACAGGGCAUCGGAAGCAAUGUCUUCAAAAAAGCCCAGUUUUACGAAGCCCUUACCGACCCGCACACCUGGCUCUACGCCUUCUGGGUCAUGGCGGCAAAUGUGCCGAAUUCCAUUGCCACGAGUUUCGGGAAUAUCAUGGUAACGGGCAUGGGCUUCUCGAAAACGGAAAGUCUCCUGCUUGUAACACCCCUGGGUGCUUAUGAGGUGGUCGUUCUGAUUGGCCUGACAUAUCUGGCAAUGAAGACACAACGACGACUGUUCUGGUGCAUUGUAGCCCAUAUCGUGGGAAUCGUGGGGUCGCUUUUAAUGGCGACAACCAACAGGGUGCCGGCGCUUGUGGGAUACUACCUCACCGGAGGCAUUCCACUCGGAUGGACGACGAUUCUUGGGCUCACCAGUACCAAUGUGGCUGGCUCAACUAAGAAGAUCACCGUGUCCUGCAUCCAGACGAUCGCCUAUACUGUCGGCAACAUCAUCUCGCCACAGACCUUCCAAGCCAAAGAUGCCCCAGGGUAUUUGCCGGCCAAAAUCUCUAUCUGCAUCCUGUAUUUCAUCGUCACGCUCGACUUGUGCAUUAUCUGGUGGAUAUCGCAACGGGAGAAUCGCCGACGCGACAAGGAGAGGGAGGCAUUGGGUGAUGCUUACGUCGUUCCGGAAAACCACGAGUUUUUGGACCUAACAGACCGUGAGAACUCAGAAUUCCGUUAUGCGAUCUGA